AUGAUGAUGAUGAGUUUCUUUUCCCGUGCACUCAGGCCAUUUAGGAGUCGGGUUCAGAGCCUUUGGGAAAUUGUAACUUUUGUUCCCGAUGAGACGGGCGGCCUGCAGGGUGGUGUGGCCAAGCGAGACAGACGAAUCACACAGCCUCAGGGGAAACACGCAAUCGACUCUGGGAAAAUAGGAAAAAAAAUCACAGGAAAAUAGGAAAAGAAAAACAAACAAACAAAAAAAGUAGGACCCAUCAGGAGAGCCGGGUUCUGGGCCCGGAGAAGCACUUUCAAGCCUGAGAUCCAGACGCAGGCUGGGUUCUCCCGAGGCCUCUCUCCCCGUGGAGAGAGGUCAUUUGCAGCCUGCGCCCCCUUGCGAAGCCUCUUCGGAUGCCCCUCUGCGUUCAGACCCUGCCCGCUCCCCCGGCGGCCCGGUGGGUGUCCCCGUGGCCUGCAAUGUCACACCGCCCUCCUCUGGUUUCACUUCCUGUGUCCCCUCCGCUCUGUCAUCCUAAGCCAGCACCUGGCAGCUCACGGGUGCCCGGCUCAGAACCCGUGUGCGUGCACGGUAUUUGUGGAACGAAUGCGCGAGCUCCUGUGAUGCCCCCCCCCCGCCCCCGCCCCCUCCCCCUCCCCGGAAGCAGAAAGCCUGGAAUCCAUCCGGCCGUGUGUAGGGAGCGUCCUCCCAGUGCCCGGGGUGGGGGCCUUUGAUGUAGCUGAACCUCCCAGGCCUGGCGAUGCCUGUUUCCAGCCCUGACGGAGGGCGGGAGGCUGGCUCCGGGUGUGUCCUCGGCGUGCGAGCCCUUGCUGGUCUCACGGGCUCCGGGGUUCGGCGUCUGAGCUCGCGGCCCAUUAGCUUCUGGCCGCGAGACUGCCGUUGGGUUCAUACUUUCCGCUUGAAACAUCGCCUCUGUGCCUUCCAAGCUGGGAGACAGGAAGUCGACACAUCGAGGGUGGGGUGGGGUCCGGGAGGCCGGAUCUCCCAAGCCGCCGGGCUGCGGCCUCCACGGGGGCUCCUUCCGACUGGCGACAGCCAUGGAGAGGCGCUGGGGACUGUUCUGGGUCGCGGUGCUGGGCUUUGUGCUGUGCGUGCAAGGUCAACGUGAUUUUGAUUUGGCCGAUGCCCUCGAUGACCCCGAGCCCACCAAGAAGCCAAGCUCAGAUAUCUACCCCAGACCGAAGCCCCCAUAUCACCCACAGCCAGGCAUGCCCGACAACAGUGGAGGUAUCUACCCCAGACCGAAGCCCCCGUAUCACCCACAGCCAGGCAUGCCCGACAACAGUGGAGGUAUCUACCCCAGACCGAAGCCCCCGUAUCACCCACAGCCAGGCAUGCCCGACAACAGUGGAGAUAUCUACCCCAGACCGAAGCCCCCGUAUCACCCACAGCCAGGCAUGCCCGACAACAGUGGAGGCAUCUACCCCCGGCCGAGGCCACCCCCGCGCCCCCAGCCCGGAGGUUCCGACAGCGGUGGAGGUUACUUUGGGAACAGGGACCAGGAUGACGGCCGCUACCCGCCCAGGCCCAGGCCGCCCGCAGCUGGCGGUGGUGGCUACUAUCCCAACAAUGACGGCCACGGAAACGCCUAUGGAGGAGGGCGUUCUAGACCCAACUCUUACGGAAAUAAUUAUGGCGGAGACGGAUACUCCACAUAUGGCAACCAGCAAGGUAACACGAUAGCGAAAAUCGUGUCGCCCAUCGUGUCCGUGUUGGUGGUCAUGCUGGUGGGUGCUGCCACGGGGUGGUUCCAGCGAAACAGGAGGAGAAAUUGUUUCAGGACAACAGAACCAGAGCACGUGUGAUGGCUUCAGGAUCCCGCGGUUGCUUUGAGAGAAGCUCAGUGUAGACGAGGUCCCCGUGUAUCACUCCCGUGACAGCUCCUUCCAUUGUGGAUGUCAUCGCCACCCUAAAGCGUCUCUGUCUGGAGGGGACUGACCGCCUGACAAACAAUUUUUGAGCCGCCGGACGGGGGAGGGGGGUGUUUAUAAAGAUAAGUUAGCCAAGCCUUGGGUCCUAAGAAGACGGUCUGACCUGCACGUUCGGUGACUCCUCUGACCAGAUUGCGAGGCUGUGGUGGGUUCCCCAGAACUACCUCACGGUGGAGGAUGCACACAUUGUCCCAAAGUACAACGGGGGUGCAAAGGCAUAAGGGGUCUCGGGCUGGGGGGUGCUGUCUCCUUCUGGGGGGUUCGGGGGACCCUCCGAGGGUUUCCAGCGGGCUCUGGGGAGAAACCUGAUCCAUGGGAAGUCUUCCUCAAGGAGCCAGCAUCCCCCUUUCCAGCUGGAACAGCAGGAUUCCCGCUGCUCAGUGCUGGCCGUGACCAUGUAACCCUUAUUAGCACACAGUAAGGCUGGCAUUUCCAGUUGCCAGUGCAUACACUCCCUGAUGUGCAAGACAUCGUGGGCAAUCUGUGCAGACUUUUUCUCUUUUUUUCCUGCGAAAUCUUAGGAUUUCGGUAUUUUGGGAAGGGAGAAAAUUGGGGCUGGCAGUCAUGAUUUGUGCCUGUUGAGUCUUCCCGUAUUAUUUUUCAUGUGAUAGUCUGUAGGCAACCGUGUUGAAGGCAAUGGCAUCCUUUUCCUUGGUUUCUACUUUUUUCCGCCCCUUUUUACUGGAGCAGAAAAUUCUAAGUCCUCAGGCAUCUAAAAAGCAUACUAGGUAUUUGCUUCUAUUUUAGCGACAUUUUAGGGGAAGCUGGGAAAAAGGAAGGAUUUGGGCUCAUUGAUAGAGUUUCAUUCAACUAACAUAAAUGCUUCUAGGACUUUCGGAGUUUGCCCUAAAUAUCAGCACUGAACAUAAAGACAGUUACUGCAAUCCGGAACUCAUCAGGAGGGCCCAGGAAAGUCCUAAAUUGUUGUAUGCACCGUGCUCAUGGGUAUGGACUGGGAAGUAGGUCUCCAGGGAGGACUUGAAUGCAGAAAGACCUAGAAAUACCUCCCCAAAUAGAAAAGGGAAUUUACAGCUAACGCUCUUGAUGUGAUGUGAUUCAUAUGUGAUUGGAGCACUUUCAAGAUGGCCGUGGUUCCCGUCUGGUUGCUAUCGGGAUGGGAAUGUCCUCCGACGUUUCUCCAGUGUCCCCAUCGAGUGACAAAGCCUCGUGGCCCCAACACUCUUUCUGUACUCUUUUCUGUGGGUUUCGGUAGGAGUUUAUUUUGACUCUUGAUAAAAAGUAUGCGUGUGUGUGGACAGACAGACACAUUCACGCCAUCACAGACACUUCUGGACGGAAUGGAAGCAUUCAUAACGACAUACAUCCAUCGGUUUCCUGUAACUGCCAUAAGUACAUUUUUAUCAUGUAAAAGAAAUGUAAAAAAAAAAAUAAAUGUAAAAGGAGAAAAGAAUCAACCCCAGGUUGAUGGCUGUCUUCUUUGUUUCCCACCGACGUUGAUGAAACAGCACUGGAAAAUAAAAAUCAUAAAGCAUCGAGUAAA